AUGUCUCGCCCAGGGCGUGAGAUUUCCGUAAUCAUUGUCGAAUCACCAAUCUCCUCAAACAUCUGCUGCUCCAUGUUUCUUACAUCCAGCUGUCCGAGCCUGGGUUUCUCAAGAGAUGAGGAACAAGCCUUCGAACGGAACAUUGAAGCCCUUCACCUCAGAUGGAGAGAGAAUGACACUGACGUGGGAGCUGAGUUACUUUCUGAAGAUUCACUUCUUGCGCUUCUUUUCUUUAGGCCUUUUAUAGGUCCCGCACUACCACCUGGGUUCAGCCGGGCAGAAAAGGAGAGAGAACCUGCUGUACCCUCAAGUUUAAGCACGUUGCACACACAAGAAGACAGCGAUGAGGAGGCCCUAAUCGGUCCAAUGCCCUCGACAGGCACCACUGAAACCAACGUGGCAGCAGACAUUGAACGCAGGGCGAGCAGAAUGAAAGAAAAGCUGGCCUCUGGUGACAUGAAUGAUGCCCAGAAACAGGUCAGAGAGUCGUGGAUGGUUGAGCUUCCGCCGGUCUUACAAAACAUAGGCCUGGGUGCAAGAACGUUCAAGAGGCGUGCGAACGGAGAGUCGUCCGACCGCUCAGUAUGGACAGAUACUCCCGCGGACAGGGAAAGGAAAGCACAGGAAACGUUAAAAGCCAAAGACUCACCAGCCGAGGAAUUUGAGCGUCCCAGUCUGUCUGAAAGAGAUAAACGGAUGGCCAAGGAGGUAGCAUCAUACAAUGAAUUGAGGCGAUCGGAGUCCCUUCUCGACAUGCACAGCAAGAAGUUGAAGAGGAAAGCGGAGGAUGAGAAGGACCGACCCCAGCAGCGACGUGCUUUUGAUCGCGAACAGGACUUGCAGGUUCACCGGUUUGACGAGGCUCAGAAGAAAGCCUUGAUCAAGAAGUCGAAAGAGCUGAACACCAGAUUUUCACACGGAAAAAGCAACAUGUUUCUGUAAAAAUAAAAUUAAAGUAAAAAGUAUUUUACUGGCAAACUGCAGACUUAGAGCGCCUGCAGUCUUAUGUUUAACACUGCUGUAAUAUUUCUGUAUUGAAACUACAAUGGUUCAAACUGAUGUUGUAUGAAUAGCAGGUCUCUUAUUAUAAAAUAGUCUAUGUUUAAUUUUGAUUGAACUGAAUAAAGAUGAAGCAGUUUUAUUUA